AUGGACGUUCUACGCAGGCAACGAGGAACGGUGAAAGCCAAAUUAACACGAUUGGAAGGGAAGGUCGCCAACGAUCAAGAAGACCAAGCGCAGGUUUCCAAGGAACAAGUCGAGGUCUACACGUCGAGGUUAGAAGAGUUACGCAGCGAGUUCGACGACGUGCAGCGGAAGAUAGUUGCCAUCCAGGUAGACGAAAUAUCUGAGGUCGAUGAAGCGGAAGACGAAGGAUUCGAGGAUCUGUAUCUAAAGCUGAAAAUUCAAUUGAAGCGAAUGCAACAAACCGAGAUCAUGCAACGGCCCGAAAGCAACGACGCGAGCAGCGCGCGGGCAUCAACGAUAAGUGACGACGCCAUUACGCGAUUGGUCGAACAACAGACGGAAUUACUACGCCGAUUCGCCGAGGGAGGUGGCGCGGUCAACAACGAGUCGAAGGUGAGGUUACCGGUUGUCAAGCUUCCGACAUUCGAUGGUCGUUUGGAAGAAUGGCAACGGUUCUCAGAAACGUUUCAAUCCUUGAUACAUAAUAAUGAGAGCAUUCCUAAAGUGCAAAAGUUCCAAUACUUAAUUACAUCACUUACUGGGGCUGCGGCGAAAAUCGUCGAGUCAAUCGAGCUAACCAACGAAAACUACACGGUGGCAUGGAACUUGUUGAUCAAGCGUUACGACGAUCCACGAGCCAUCAAGAAGAAACACAUUCAGUGUCUAUUUACAAUGCCGCGGGUAGAAAAAGAAUCGUCGAAUGCAAUACGAGAACUAGUCGACUACACAUCAAAACACUUAAGAAUCUUAAAAUCUAUGGAUCUACCGACAGAUUCAUGGCAAGAUCUCAUCAUACACAUGAUGGAGGAGAAGCUGGACACGGUGACACUACGCGCGUGGGAACAAAGCGACCACGCAGCCACCGGAACUUUGGAAAAUCUAACCGAAUUCUUGCAAACAAGGUGCCAAAUAAUUGAACGCAUCGAGGCAAGAUCCAAACAGAAGGACGCCACGAAGGUAAAUGGACCCGACAAACAUCAGGCAAAGGCUCGCAAUCUGACAAAGCCGACACAAGGAGAUAAACCAGCGACGCUGGCAGCUUCAACGAACGUUGGAAAAUAUUAUUUGUGUCAGGGAGAACAUUUUCUGUACCAGUGCAAUAAAUUCCUUGCAAUGCCCGUCAACGAGUGGCUCAAGGAGGUACAGCGAAUGAAAUUGUGCAUCAACUGUCUUCGCAAUAACCAUUUCAUCAAAACGUGUCGGAUGGGAGGCUGCAAGGAAUGCUCAGGACGGCAUAAUACUUUGCUGCACCGUCCAACAGCUAGCAAGGAAUCUACGAAGGAGGAACGCACCGACGAGACCACAGGCGUUGAAUCAAAGGGCGACGCGAGCAACAACGUAGCGGUUCAUCAUGCAACGAAUCGUCCCAGGAAGCAGUACGUUCUGAUGGCUACGGCUUUGGUCGACGCAGUACGUUCGAAUGGAUCCAAGUCGACAAUUCGUAUCCUUUUAGAUAGUGCAAGUGAAGCGAACUUCAUUUCGCAGUCUGCACGUAACAAAUUAGGCGUGAAACGUGAUCGAAUAUCCGAAAUUGUCACGGGUUUAAAUAAAAUGGAAAGUUCGAUAUCGCAAAGUUGCAAUGUAGUCGUUCAGUCAAGACAUUACGAUUACCGAAUAAAUGUUCAUUGUCUCGUGGUACCAACUAUCACAAAGAAUUUGCCAGCGGUAGAUAUAGAUAAAAACGCGAUACCAAUUCCGUCGAACAUAAAGCUAGCAGACGUCGAGUUUCAUAAACCGAGUUCGAUUGAUAUGUUGAUAGGUGCGGAAUUCUUUUAUGAAUUGUUAGGAAACGAAAAGAUUGAUCUAGGAACCAGUAAGCCAGUUCUAUUAAGCACACGAUUCGGAUGGGUAAUCGCGGGGUCGAUUCCACUCGCCAACGCGACUAGCUUGAUAUGUAAUAGGAGCACGAUAGCAACUUUAAAUUGUUCAGUGAAAUGUUGCGAUACGUUAAACAAAAAUUUGGAAAACUUCUGGGAAAUUGAGAAUGUCGAAUCAGAGACAAAUCGAACGCUAUCCGUAGACGAGCAACAAUGUGAGAAGUUCUUUGAGCAAACGACAAGUCGAGACAUUAACGGUCGUUUCGUAGUGCGGCUACCAUUUCGCGAGGACCCUAGUCGACUAGGUGAAUCACGAGACAUUGCGAGUAGACGAUUGAUUCAAUUAGAGCGACGUUUCAGGAAAAAUCGGUCGUUGCAAGAACAAUAUGUAAGCUUCAUGCGCGAAUACGAGGAUCUCGGGCAUAUGUCUGUCGUGCGUGAUGUGUCACAAGAGGUUCCAUGUAAAAUUGUUUAUCUUCCACACCACUGUGUGUUUAAAGAAUCAAGUAGCAGUACGAAGAUUAGAACGGUAUUCGACGCAUCAAGCAAGACAGACUCCGGAGUAGCAUUAAACGAUGUACUUCACGUAGGGCCCACAUUACAGAGCAACUUGAUAGAGAUAGUCAUGCGUUUUCGGUUUCACAACAUUGCGUUAACCGGAGAUUUGCACAAAAUGUACAGACAAAUAAUUAUGCAUCCAUCUGACCGCGAUUAUCAGCGCAUAUUAUGGAGAGAAUCCCCUGAGGAGUCCGUGCGAGAAUUUAGACUAAAUACCGUUACCUAUGGCGAAGCGAGUUCGUCGUAUCUGGCUAUUAAAUGUAUUCGUCAAAUCGCGGAACAAGCGGGAAGCGAAUUUUCUAUUGCUGCACGAGUUAUAUUCGACGAAAUGUACGUAGAUGAUAUUCUGACCGGAGCUGACAGCGUCCAAGGAGUCAUCGAGACGCAACGGCAGCUUACAGCAUUGAUGCAAACGGGCGGAUUUGAAAUCCACAAAUGGUGCACGAACUGUCCGGUAAGCUUGGCCCAUUUACCACAAGAGCAACGAGGAGAUCCUUCGAAGCGCAGUAUCGACGCUAAUGACACCAUCAAGACGCUAGGUCUUGAGUGGAACCCGAAAAACGACAUGUUUUGUUUCUCGGUGAAACGAACGGAAUCUGCUACCACAAAGAGGCAAGUAUUGUCGACAAUCAGCAAAAUUUUUGAUCCGCUCGGAUUGAUUGGCCCAAUCUUAACCACUGCCAAGAUACUGAUGCAGGAGACAUGGCGAAUCGAAGCUCAAUGGGACGAGCAUCUUCCAUCCACAUUUGUCGAGAAGUGGGAACGAUUUAGGCAAGAUCUCAAUUCGGUGGAGGCGAUAUUAAUUCCAAGACGGAUUAUAUCGUGUGACAAGCCAGAGCGAAUAUCUCUUUUUGGAUUCUGCGACGCGUCGGAGGCAGCGUACGGGGCUUGCCUGUACAUACAAGCCGAAGAUAAAAACGGAAUACUCACGUCAAGGUUGCUGUGUUCCAAAUCACGAGUCGCACCUGUCAAACCAACUUCAAUACCUCGGUUGGAGUUGUGUAGUGCGGUCCUAUUGGCUCGUCUGAUUGCAAGCGUUCGUAAGGGCUUACGAGUGCGAAUUAACGAUAUUCGAGCCUGGUCCGAUUCAACUGUCGCACUGUGUUGGAUUCGUGGCGAUGUAUCUCGUUGGAAAUUAUUUGUCGCGAAUCGAGUGUCCGAGAUUACCCAGAUAUUACCAGCGGAGCAUUGGAGUCAUGUCCAAGGUAGAGAGAAUCCCGCUGAUUUAGUAUCUCGUGGCACUAGUCCGAAUCACCUCAAGAAUUCCUGUCUAUGGUGGUCGGGGCCUCAAUGGCUACAAGAAAGACGUCCAUCGCCUGACGACGGUUCAAGGUUCGAGUUCCCAGGCGAAACACUGGCAAUGAUCAAAAUUGAAGAACGAAAAUUGUCCGCUCCCAGUUGCAAUCUCGUCAGCGAGAAACAACAGCCGAGUCGAGAAGUCAUCGAACGAUUCUCGUCACUCACCAAAAUCGAACGAGUUUGGGCAUAUGUUAUGAGAUUCACGUCAAACCUGUCCAAGGGAUCGAUUGAGCGAACAUUCGGCAGAUUAUCGGUAGCAGAAUUGCAAGAGGCUCAUCGACAUCUGGUUAAGCAAGUUCAAGCUACUCAUUUCGCAGAAGAAAUAUCGGCAUUGCAAGGUGGUCGCGACUUGAAGACUUCUAGUAAACUCCUUCAAUUGCGUCCCUUUGUCGAUGAUCACGGCGUGCUCAGGGUGGGCGGUCGAUUGCAACACGCGUUGCUAUCAUUCGAGCGGAAGCAUCCCAUCAUAUUACCGGCUGGAGAUCGAUUCGUAAAAUUAUUAUUCGAACGAGAACAUCGACGAUUGUUACAUGCAAGCCAACUGUUGCGUAGCGUCUCUCACGAGUCGGACACGAUGGGCGCGUUCCAGCGCAUACAUGCGAUGAAUCAAUGA